AUGAAGGAUAAAACUCAAGCUUUCACUGAUAUUUUUAAACUUAUUUUUAAUAUUCUAUUUAUUGCUCAUUUGGUAGCCUGUAUAGCGCUUCUUUCUGUUUAUCUAGAACUACAAUACAGUUCUAGCCAAAAGAUUUGGAUGAUUCAAUAUAUCAAUGAUGAGUGGUAUAUCAGGUACUUCAACUCCCUUUAUUGGUCUGUAGUCACUAUGAUUACUCUCGGAUAUGGAGAUAUAGUCCCAAUUACUAUUGUUGAAAAAAUAUUAGUUACUUUUAUUGGAUUGGUAGGAUGCUUAGUGCUAUCUUAUUCGAUGAAUCAAUUUGGUUUGAUAUUGAAUGACUUAUAUAGAAAAAAGAAAGAAUUUAAAUAAAAGAUGAUAUAUUUAAAUUAGUAUCUUACAAACAGAAACUUAGAGAAGAAUAUUCAGCAACACGUUUUAAAAUAUUAUAACUAUGUUUACAAUUAGCAAGAAUUUAAUAAUCUUGAAGGUAAUACACUUUUAAACUAACUUCCUAUAAGUCUCAAGGAAGAAGUACUGAUAAAUUUAUAUAGCGAUUUGAUUAAUUCAAAAAAAAUAUUUUCUCAUAAUUUUAGCAAACAAUUUUUAACUAAACUAAUGCUAAAAAUGAAAGAAAAAAUAAUUUCUCCUCAAGAACCCUUAUAUAAUUAAGGAGACUAGCCUGAUGAGCUAUAUUUUAUACUCAGUGGACAAAGUAAAACAUCUGAAAAAGACAAAAAAGAUCCAAUAUGCUUAAUACAAAAAAAAGGAGAAUUGGUUGGUGAAUUAGAGUUUUUUUCUUCUUUUUAAAGAUAAUGGAGUGCAAAAGCAAUAAAUGUAACAUGUGUUGCCUACAUAACGAAGCAAGAUUUUUUGUAGAUACUUCAAGAUUUUCCUCUUGAUAGAGAGAAGUUUAAGAUGAUUUAAGAUGAUUAUGUCUUCAAUAAAAAAAAUUGUUUCUUUUCUUGCUAUGGAUGCUAAAAAACUGAUCACACUUUAAAUGAGUGUAUUUAAGUCUUUUACCAUGCUCCAAAAUAAAAAAUAAUUAAAUCUAUUCAACUAAAUUUGCCAUAAAUCCGCCUUAAAAUCAAAAGAAAAUCUAAUAAAUCAUAAAAAGCUUUACUUAUUUAAAAAUACUCAGAACAGAUAUGCCUCCUUUAUCAAUAAAGCUUAGCUAUUUAGCAAUCUGCUGCUAAGCUCUCUGCUGUAUUUGAUGUUCCUAUAAAACACUAUGGAACUCAAAUGUCACAAUAACAAGAAAAUUACAGCAUGCAAUUGGGAAUCAGCAUAGAAAAAAAUAAUAAGAAAGGAAAUCUUUAAAAGUUAGAAUUAACUUAACAAAAAUUAGCCAAAGUUCCUUUAGCUUGUAAUGAAUCAUAGAAUACUAAUUAGAGUCUGUAGCAUCCUGAAUCUUUACAAGUUUCUUCUAGCUUUCUUCCUUUUGAUGUUAGUGCACCACCAAGUGCAACUUUUAAUUAAAAAGAAAGAAAGAAAAGUUUACUGAAUAGGACUUUUGAUGAUUAAGCAAAUAGCUAAUCUUCAAUUUAUAGAGAAAGGAAAAGUAUCUUGGUCAAUAAAAAACCUGAUAGCUUAGAAGAUACAAAUAAUUAGAUAAAAGAAAAUUUAUAAAAUAGGCAGCAAUACACAAAAAAAUUUAGCCAAUUCUCUUAGAUAGAACGACAAUUAACCAACGAAGGAAAUAAAUCUAGAGAAGAAGAUAUAACUUACAAAAGCUAGGACGGCCAAACAGAAUGUGUUAAAAGCAAUUCAUCAAACGAUGAAUAAUCUGUGUUUACACCAGAAUAAUAAGAUGGAAAUUAAUAAGUCUAAGUAACUUUAAAUAAUCCAAAAAUAAAAGUUUAAAGUUAAUCUAUAUCUUCUUUUGCUCAUUAAUCACUUUAAAGAAUAAAAACUAUUGACGUUAAUGAAGAUUACAACUCUAACUAUCCUUUUCAUUAAAAUACUUCUAAUUAAGUAGGUCAAAGUUUAUUUAUAAUUGAUAAUUUCGAUAGAGGAAAUGAUUUCGAAAUAUAUUUCCCGAACAACAAUAAAACUUAAAUGAUAGUAUCUGCAAAUAUCAAAAGAAAUUUUGAUGCAUUAUAAAAUAUAAAAAGAAGAAAAAGGAAAACAAAACUUAUUGAAACUUAGGAGAAAAUUAAAAAAAUAUAGAAUAAAUAUAGAUAAUAAAAAAUUAACAGUAUUAAAUUUUAAUGA